AUGAUUAAACUAGUUCUUUUUUUGAGCUUAACACAUGUCCUCUUCUCCUCAUCUGCUGCUGCAGCUCCUGCCACUAGAAGCCUCAAGAUAACUAAAGAAGCUCUGCUGGGUCAGAGUUUGGUGGAGGAAGGUGUUGUUGGUUUGGGAGAAGGGUUUAUUGAGGGGCGGAUGGAUUUGGAAACCGCAGACUAUUCAGGGGUAGGUGCAAAUCCAGAGCACGAUCCAAAACCCCCAGGAAGAGUUUGA